UUUACAUCAAAUUUUGGGCUGAAUACGUUGGCUCUCUUCUACUACUCAGUCUCCUACUACUCCUAAAACCCCAUUUCUCAACUGCAAUCUUUCUCCCUUCAUCAGUCACCGCCGCUUCUCCUCCGACGUUCCUCUCGAUAUCUCAGAGAGGGAAACAUGAACGAACCAAUGGGGAAGAGAACCAAGUUGUCGGAGUCAGUGAAGGAGAGAUUAAUGUCUAAGAAGGUGGAGGAUGAAGGGAAGGAGAAACAAAUCUCUUACCUUGACAAAGAUUGCAUCUCAAGCAUUCUCAUGAAGCUACCACUCGAGUCACUGCCAUCUUCGAGGUUUGUUUGCAAGGCAUGGUACGAUAUCAUCAACAGCCUUCCCUUCAUCAAUAACCGUCUUGCACAGUCUGAAUCCGUCUUGAUAUAUCUGAAACCGAUCCCAGCGAGUAGCUCCCACCACUGUUCCUCUCCGACACCAGCACCUUCGAACCGAAGAAACAUGUUUUCAAAUGAACGGGCAGUGUUUCAAUCUCAGCCCCUCGACAUGUUUGCACAAAAGUUCGGCAAUAGGUCUUCCAAACUGAGCAUUAGCUUUGUUGAGUGCAGAGAAGGGAAGGGUGUUGCUCGAGAUUAUGGGAUCGAAUGCCUGGGCAGCAUUAGGGCAGCAUGCAAUGGUUUCAUCCUGCUCAACAACAGUCACAAAAAAGGAGGGGUUUUGGUCAUGAACCCUGUCACAAGGAAGCAACUUGCACUUCCUGUGGGUACAUUGACCCGACCUGACUGGGAAUCGUACGGAUUUGCCUCGACCGGUGGAGGAUACAAGGUGGUCCACUUGUUCAUGGACGACAUGAAAUACGUUGCCUGCGAGACACUCGACCUCGGGUCAAGAUCGUGGAAGCCAGUGAACGGACCCCCCUUGGGGGUGCUUCGUCGUUUUGGUUUCAAUCCUGUCUCGGCCAUUGGAGCUCUGCAUUGGCUUUCUCGCAGUAACAACUGCAUAGUCUCGAUGGAUCUGGAAACUGAGAAGUUUCACGUUGUACCGCUCCCCAAGAUUUGUGGGAAGCACGAUAGGAUUCUCGAAAUGGGCGGCCUCUUGGGCUUCGUCACUCACGAGGAUCGCCACAUAGAUGUAUGGAAGCUGAAGAGCAUUGCAGGUCAGGGUGAUGAUGCUGUAUGGACGAAGCAGCAUACGAUCUCCAGAGGUAGGUUGAUCAACUUGGUCCCCUUGUUUUGCUUGAGGAUCAAGGGAGAUGUGAUCUUCAAGAGGCUUGACGCUCGUUCAGUAUAUUCGUACGAUUUCGGGUCUGAGAGGAUGACUAAGGUUGUGGUGGAUGAGGGGUUUCGUUUCUUUGGCAGUUUGCUGCCUCAUGUCAACAGCCUUGGCUCUUGGACUGCUGCUACUCAGAAUCUGAUGUGAAUGGGAUUGAUGAUGAUGAAUAGGGUCUUUGACAUGCAUUGUUUUGCUACAAUACUAGUCAUUUCGACAUGGUCUGGUUUAUUUAUAAGUCAAUUUGUUCGUUUCCUUGCUUUGUGAUCUCUUGGUUUGGGAAACUUGAAUUGUUUAAUUUUGAAAUUACUAUAAUUGUAUGGGGG